AUGAUCAACGACACUGUUGCGUUUGAAGAACUGGACACGAACCUCUCCGAGCCGCUGCCGCCUCUCUUCCUCAGCCACAAUCUCAGCUCUUUUCCUGCGCUCCGACUUGAGUCCAAGUCCCUGGUCACUUCAGCCACGAUGUUUGCCGUGGGAGUCUUGGGAAAUCUCAUCGCUAUAGUUGUCCUGUGCGUCUCUAAAAAGGAGCAGAAGGAAACCACGUUCUACACGCUGGUGUGCGGGAUGGCCAUCACGGACCUGCUGGGCACCUGCUUCACCAGUCCCGUGGUCAUCGCCACGUACGUGGCCAGUCGCUGGCCAGGAGGAGCGCUGCUCUGCCACUUCUUCUCCUUCUCAAUGCUAUUUUUUGGCUCGGCUGGAAUGUCCAUCCUCUGCGCAAUGGCGGUGGAGCGAUACUUGGCCAUAAACCAUGCGUAUUUCUACUCCCAGCACAUCGACAGGAACAUGGCGCGCUUUGCGCUCCUGGCCACGUACCUGGCCAACAUCGUGCUGUGCGUCAUGCCCAGCUUCGGCUUCGGCCGGCACGUCAGGCACUUCCCUGGGACUUGGUGCUUCCUGGACUGGCGGUCCGUGGACCCGCUCGGAGCCUGUUACUCCUUCCUGUACGGCGGCGUGAUGCUGGUGCUGAUCGCGGUGACGGUGCUGUGUAACCUGGCGGUGUGCAGGUCUCUGGUGGGGAUGAACCAGAGGACGGGCAUCGUGAGGACGGAGCUGUGCGAGCAGGGCGGCUCGCGGCGCCGCUUCCCCAGGCUGCCGUCCGCCGCCUCCGCCGCGGAGAUACAGAUGUUCUGGCUGCUGGUCUUCAUGACCAUCGUGUUCCUGGUGUGCUCCAUCCCUUUAGUGGUGCGAAUCUUUGUUAACCAACUGUACGACCCUGACUACAUUUCUGCCGGGGGGAAGCCCGACUACCGGAGCGACCUGUUGGCCAUCCGCUUCGCCUCAUUCAACCCCAUCCUGGACCCCUGGGUGUACAUCCUAUGCCGGAAGAACCUGCUGCUGAAAGGCUGCGAGAGACUGAAGAGGACCGUGGCGUGGGCCAAGGACGGUGGGGGCAACAAGGACUGGGUGGGGGGUCAGAACUCGCCUCCAUCCUUUCCCAGCAACUACACCAGCUACGCGUCAUUGCGCAACGCCGGCUACAGGACCGACGCGGAGCAGCAGGCGUCCUCCAAGGACCCGUCCUUCACAGACUUUGCGAUGAGGCAAGCGUGGGAGUACGACACAGCCCGCGGGAGCUUCCACCCCUUCAGCGUGGAGUCGACCCCCGUGGACUGCCGGGAGGAGGGGGAUCGUCUCAAACGGGAGGGAACAGAGAGGUCUUCCCCUGCGCGCAGCGACGCCGCGCUCGUCAGGAAACUGGACACGGUCACCUGCACGUUCAGCGUCUCAGCCAAAUGUCUCUGA